CAGUCCGCACUUUUCAACUUCCAGUCCCUCCUCCUCGUCCUCUUACUCCUCAUCUGCACCUGUACAUAUGUACGCGGAACCGCGCCCGGUCUUGUCGAUCGUAAUAGAGAAGGGUUCCUCGGGCUAUUCUUCAAAUUCGCAAGAAUAGGAGAGAGACUGAGCCCUUAUGUCUCAUUAGCGUGUGUCGCUAUGGCGGUGACUAUCAUGUUGGGGACAUAG